UACUGCUCUUUACUUUAUUUUGAUGCCUGUUUACAUGUGUUAAUGUAGAAUAUUCUACCAAACGUUAUCAGUGUAAAAACACAUCGAUACAAUGAUAAUAACUUGUCGUCAAGGUUAUGUCAUGGAACCGGAGAUGCCUCUUUUUCAUGUUAAACAAAUAAACAAAGUGUCUAUUAGUAAACAAAUACGUUUUGCCCAGAUACUAGCAGUGUUUCGUUUUGUCAUGCAGAAGCUAAGCCAUGGCGGAGCCCGAGGAAGGCGCAGAAGAAGAGGUGGUGGUGCGACUGGCCACUACACCUCAGAUCAUCUUGCCUGAGAGCAUAGUCCCCGGACCGUUGACAAAUUCGCGUGCGGCGACCUCGGCCGGCGUGGAGCUGGGUCGGAAGCUGCUGCUGGCCGCCCGGGCCGGGGACACCAACCAGGUGCUGGACCUCAUGGCGCAGGGAGCGCCCUUCACUACUGAUUGGUUGGGCACGUCGCCGCUGCACCUGGCGGCGCUGGGCGGGCACUUGGGCACGGCGGCCGUGCUGCUGCGCGCGGGCGUGAGCCGCGACGCGCGCACCAAGGUGGAGCGCACGCCGCUGCACCUCGCCGCGCACGCCGGGCACGAGGCCGUGGCCGCCGUGCUGCUCGACCACGGCGCCGCCGUCGACUGCAGGGACAUGCUCCGCAUGACGCCGCUGCACUGGGCGUGCGCGCGCGGGCACGCGGCGCUGGCGGCGCUGCUGGUGCGGCGCGGCGCGGACCCGGGCGCGCGCUGCAAGUUCCGCCGCACGCCGCUCUCCCUCGCCGCCCACUGCCCCGCCCUCAGCGCCGCCCUGCACCGCGCCGUGGCCGAGCGGGACCAGGCCGCCAGUGUCCGAGCCAUACAACAAGAAAUGGCAGUGGACGACGUGACUGAAUCGAAGGUAUACGAAACGGUCCAGAUGCAGAUCCCCACUGAAGAAAAACCCACACAACCCACUAUCAGGAUACAGCACAAACUGAACAAACCCAUCUUGGAAACUAAUGAGCAGGCGCAGCAGCCGCUCGGAAACGGUACCGACACAAACGCGACAGGCGCGGCGUUACUGCGGCAUCACGGCAUAACGUUACUGCCCGCUGACGACGGCAGCACCGUGUUGUCUGCGCUGCAGAGUGGACGGACUGUUGUGCUUUCAGACGCGGGCAAGCUGAUGCUGAAGGAGAACAGCUCGCCGCCGGCGGCCCCCGCUCCCCCCUCCCCCUCCCCCGCUCCCCCCGUCACCCCCCACUCCCCGGCCCCCCGCGCCGGCGUGCUGGUGCGCGCCCGGCCCGCGCGCGAGCCGCCCAAGCCCGGCGUCAAGGUGUUCACCGUCAACAAGCAGCCGGAUAAACACAUGCAGAUAAAAUACGUGCAACUGCCGCCAGACGCUACCAUCCUCUCCCCGCACAAGGCGGCCAUGAAGGCCAAGAGCAAGGUCAUCCGCGCCGCCGCCGGCACCGGGACCGGGACCGGCACCGGCACCGGCGCCGGAUCCGGGACCGCCGGGACCAACCGGCCCGGCGUCAAGAUCAUCAUGAACAAGGCCAGCUUCAGCAAGCUGCUAGCCACUGCCACGAAGGCACACGGCUCGGGAGACAACGAGCCACUUUCCCUCGGCGCCGCGCGCGGCGAAGCGGUGGUGUGCGUGCCGGAGCAGUUCGUGCGCUCCAUGUCGGCGCGAUACCUCCGCGCACAGCUCCUCGCCGCGCACGCCGCGCUCGCGGAGCUGCAGCGCCAGCUCACGCAGACCCGCGCACAGCUCGCCGCCACGCAGCCCGGCUAGUGGCCGCACUACACUCCGCGCACAGCUCCUCGCCGCCACGCAGCCCGGCUAGUGGCCGCACUACACUCCGCGCACAGCUCCUCGCCGCGCACGCCGCGCUCGCGGAGCUGCAGCGCCAGCUCAACCAGGCCCGCGCACAGCUCGCCUCCACGCAGCCCGGCUAGUGGCCGCACUACACUCCGCGCACAGCUCGCCGCCACGCAGCCCGGCUAGUGGCCGCACUACACUCCGCGCACAGCUCCUCGCCGCGCACGCCGCGCUCGCGGAGCUGCAGCGCCAGCUCAACCAGGCCCGCGCACAGCUCGCCUCCACGCAGCCCGGCUAGUGGCCGCACUACACUCCGCGCACAGCUCGCCGCCACGCAGCCCGGCUAGUGGCCGCACUACACUCCGCGCACAGCUCCUCGCCGCGCACGCCGCGCUCGCGGAGCUGCAGCGCCAGCUCAACCAGGCCCGCGCACAGCUCGCUGCCACGCAGCCCGGCUAGUGGCCGCACUACACUCCGCGCACAGCUCCUCGCCGCGCACGCCGCGCUCGCGGAGCUGCAGCGCCAGCUCAACCAGGCCCGCGCACAGCUCGCCUCCACGCAGCCCGGCUAGUGGCCGCACUACACUCCGCGCACAGCUCGCCGCCACGCAGCCCGGCUAGUGGCCGCACUACACUCCGCGCACAGCUCGCCGCCACGCAGCCCGGCUAGUGGCCGCACUACACUCCGCGCACAGCUCCUCGCCGCCACGCAGCCCGGCUAGUGGCCGCACUACACUCCGCGCACAGCUCCUCGCCGCCACGCAGCCCGGCUAGUGGCCGCACUACACUCCGCGCACAGCUCCUCGCCGCCACGCAGCCCGGCUAGUGGCCGCACUACACUCCGCGCACAGCUCCUCGCCGCGCACGCCGCGCUCGCGGAGCUGCAGCGCCAGCUCAACCAGGCCCGCGCACAGCUCGCCUCCACGCAGCCCGGCUAGUGGCCGCACUACACUCCGCGCACAGCUCCUCGCCGCCACGCAGCCCGGCUAGUGGCCGCACUACACUCCGCGCACAGCUCCUCGCCGCCACGCAGCCCGGCUAGUGGCCGCACUACACUCCGCGCACAGCUCGCCGCCACGCAGCCCGGCUAGUGGCCGCACUACACUCCGCGCACAGCUCCUCGCCGCCACGCAGCCCGGCUAGUGGCCGCACUACACUCCGCGCACAGCUCCUCGCCGCCACGCAGCCCGGCUAGUGGCCGCACUACACUCCGCGCACAGCUCGCCGCCACGCAGCCCGGCUAGUGGCCGCACUACACUCCGCGCACAGCUCGCCGCCACGCAGCCCGGCUAGUGGCCGCACUACACUCCGCGCACAGCUCCUCGCCGCCACGCAGCCCGGCUAGUGGCCGCACUACACUCCGCGCACAGCUCGCCGCCACGCAGCCCGGCUAGUGGCCGCACUACACUCCGCGCACAGCUCCUCGCCGCCACGCAGCCCGGCUAGUGGCCGCACUACACUCCGCGCACAGCUCCUCGCCGCCACGCAGCCCGGCUAGUGGCCGCACUACACUCCGCGCACAGCUCCUCGCCGCCACGCAGCCCGGCUAGUGGCCGCACUACACUCCGCGCACAGCUCCUCGCCGCGCACGCCGCGCUCGCGGAGCUGCAGCGCCAGCUCAACCAGGCCCGCGCACAGCUCGCCUCCACGCAGCCCGGCUAGUGGCCGCACUACACUCCGCGCACAGCUCCUCGCCGCCACGCAGCCCGGCUAGUGGCCGCACUACACUCCGCGCACAGCUCGCCGCCACGCAGCCCGGCUAGUGGCCGCACUACACUCCGCGCACAGCUCGCCGCCACGCAGCCCGGCUAGUGGCCGCACUACACUCCGCGCACAGCUCCUCGCCGCGCACGCCGCGCUCGCGGAGCUGCAGCGCCAGCUCAACCAGGCCCGCGCACAGCUCGCCUCCACGCAGCCCGGCUAGUGGCCGCACUACACUCCGCGCACAGCUCCUCGCCGCGCACGCCGCGCUCGCGGAGCUGCAGCGCCAACUCAACCAGGCCCGCGCACAGCUCGCCGCCACGCAGCCCGGCUAGUGGCCGCACUACACUCCGCGCACAGCUCCUCGCCGCCACGCAGCCCGGCUAGUGGCCGCACUACACUCCGCGCACAGCUCCUCGCCGCCACGCAGCCCGGCUAGUGGCCGCACUACACUCCGCGCACAGCUCCUCGCCGCCACGCAGCCCGGCUAGUGGCCGCACUACACUCCGCGCACAGCUCCUCGCCGCCACGCAGCCCGGCUAGUGGCCGCACUACACUCCGCGCACAGCUCCUCGCCGCCACGCAGCCCGGCUAGUGGCCGCACUACACUCCGCGCACAGCUCGCCGCCACGCAGCCCGGCUAGUGGCCGCACUACACUCCGCGCACAGCUCCUCGCCGCCACGCAGCCCGGCUAGUGGCCGCACUACACUCCGCGCACAGCUCGCCGCCACGCAGCCCGGCUAGUGGCCGCACUACACUCCGCGCACAGCUCCUCGCCGCCACGCAGCCCGGCUAGUGGCCGCACUACACUCCGCGCACAGCUCCUCGCCGCCACGCAGCCCGGCUAGUGGCCGCACUACACUCCGCGCACAGCUCCUCGCCGCCACGCAGCCCGGCUAGUGGCCGCACUACACUCCGCGCACAGCUCGCCGCCACGCAGCCCGGCUAGUGGCCGCACUACACUCCGCGCACAGCUCCUCGCCGCCACGCAGCCCGGCUAGUGGCCGCACUACACUCCGCGCACAGCUCGCCGCCACGCAGCCCGGCUAGUGGCCGCACUACACUCCGCGCACAGCUCCUCGCCGCCACGCAGCCCGGCUAGUGGCCGCACUACACUCCGCGCACAGCUCCUCGCCGCCACGCAGCCCGGCUAGUGGCCGCACUACACUCCGCGCACAGC